GCUAGAAUAUAACUAGGGGUACCUACGAUUACCACAUGGGGCCGAGGCUUGCUUGACCUUGUUGACCUAACCGCUAGGCACAGCUAGGUACAGCUAGGUAACUGGAGUUAACUGUUUAAACUGGCUUUUUGCUGACCACCGCCCUCCGUACCUAAUCUACACUGCACUACACUGCAGGCUUACGGCAAUCGUAAUCCGUUCACCGACACCAAUAAUACCUAACGCCCGUUCUGCUGGGAAAACUCCCCGACUCCGAUCCCUUAUUGCUUCCCAGAUCGACUUCCCCGUUUCUCCCCGUCUCACAAAGCCCAACUUUUACCAUCCAUCUUCCCUUUUUUAUCUCAUCAACUCUUUUCCCCUCCAAUUCCCCAAUCCUCUCCGAAAGGUUAAUCCUCUCUAUCCGCUAUCCCCCCGCCCUUAUUUCUCAACCUUGCGAAGAAGCGCCCGAUUGCCUUGGUCAGGCCCCUUUCCACCAAACGAAUCCUACUGGAAAUGUCCACCGCCACCGUCGCUACCUCCGGGGCCGUUCCCCCUUUGACGGAGAACAAGCUGGAGAAAAAACCCAUCAAGUUCUCCAACUUGCUGCUCGGCGCCGGCCUCAACUUGUUCGAGGUCACUACGCUCGGCCAGCCCCUGGAGGUCUGCAAGACUCACCUCGCUGCGAACAGAGGCGACUCCUUCGCUUCUGCCCUGCGCGCAAUUUGGAACCGUGGCGGUGUUCUUGGAUUCUACCAGGGUCUCAUUCCCUGGGCCUGGAUCGAAGCCUCGACCAAGGGCGCCGUUUUGCUCUUUGUCGCCUCCGAAGCCGAAUACUAUGCCCGAGUCGCAGGCGCUUCGGAGUUUGGCGGUGGCAUCAUUGGCGGUGUGACGGGCGGUGUCGCACAGGCCUACGCCACCAUGGGUUUCUGCACCUGCAUGAAGACGGUCGAGAUCACGCAGCACAAGCUCGCGGCGUCGGGCGUCAAGCCCCCGAGCACGUUCGAGACCUUCAUGAACAUCUACCGCAAGGAGGGCAUCCGGGGUAUCAACCGCGGUGUGAACGCCGUCGCCAUCCGCCAGAUGACCAACUGGGGCUCGCGCUUCGGCCUGUCCCGCCUCGCUGAGCAGGGCAUCCGCCGCGUCACCAAAAAGGAGCACGGCGAGAAGCUUAGCGCCAUUGAGAAGAUCACCGCCUCGGCCGUCGGCGGUGGCCUCUCGGCCUGGAACCAGCCUAUCGAGGUCAUCCGCGUCGAGAUGCAGAGCAAGAAGGAGGACCCCAACCGGCCCAAGAAGAUGACGGUCGGGAACACUUUCAAAUAUAUCUACGAGACUAACGGUCUCAAGGGCUUAUACCGCGGUGUUAUGCCGCGUAUUGGAUUAGGCGUUUGGCAGACGGUUUGCAUGGUGGCUAUGGGUGAUAUGGCCAAGAGUUACGUUGAAAAGCUGACCGGAGAGAAGGUCACUGCUAAGCAUUAGGCGGCGUUUAUAUGGAUGGGUACCUCGUAUGAUGAUAGAACAAACGCGGAAAACUGGUGAUACCCUUUCGGGGGUUUGCGGUUUUUUUUUAACGUAUAGAGUCAUUUUCAUUACUUUCAGCCGGAUUGGCCAUUGACUUUUUGUGCCUGGUUGUGUAGUAGCACACCACGGCCGCAUCUACCUAAUUCUUGUUACGAUCUACGAUAUAGAGACCCAAACAAACAUUGCAAUAUAGAGUGUCGUGGUUUGGGGUCGGCGUAUUUGUUGCACAUGCUUUUAUUUCUGACCGCUUUUGUGAUAU